AUGAUCGUGUUCGCGGUGAUCUAUGGCGUAAAUGUUUUGCUGGGUUUCAUUGGUAACCUCUUGGUUAUACUGGUGGUAUCUAUUUAUCGAAGAUUUUACCACAUGAGAUACUUUUUGUUGGCCAGUUUGGCACUUUCUGAUUUCUUCUUCACGAAUUUGAUAACUGCUUUUCGUAUGUUGGCCUAUGGUAUUGGUAAGUGGAUUUUUGGUACAGCUUGGUGUUAUGGUACAGCGUACUUCGCAAGAUUUCUACACCUCAGCACGGUACUUCAUCUGUGCGCUGUUUCGUACGAGCGAUACGAAGCCAUCUUUAAAAAUCCUCUAACCUAUUACGGCUGCAUCACAAAGAAAAGAGCCAUAGUAAGCAUAACGCUGAUGUGGAUUAUCCCCGCUGGUAUCUCUCUUGGCCCCUUUCUCGGAUGGAGUGACUAUGUGUACAACCCAGCAAUAAUGGUAUGUGAGCAGAAAUGGGACAUGGUAACAACAUUGCCGCUCCUAGCAACAACAUUUCUUGUACCGCUUGGAAUAAUUGUCUUCCUAAACUACAGAGUCCUCAAAGUUGUCAGUAGACUUCAGAGUAGUUUCAAAAUAAUUCCAGUCACUGUCGUAGAACAACCAGGCACAGGGCAUCCUGCAGAGCAAAAUGGUCAAAACCAGUCCGAGAAGCAAGGCAAAGUAAAGAGAGAGCGAAACCUGCAUUUUUCAGACCUUUUAGCGAGAAACGAGGAAGGCGAAACUGCCAAACCAUCCCGCAAACACCAUGUAAUUAAGCAAGGGAAUUUGAAGGGCAGCGUUUAUGCAGAAGGAGGGCAAAAUCCCGCUUUCCAAGAAGAAAUUGAAGAAAUUCAAGAGGUGAGGCACCAGCCAGUCUUUGUUCAGAAAAACGAGGGAUCAUCAGAAAGUCGAUGUAGCAGCCCAGUGCAAUGGUCGAGAAAAAGCAGUAGACGUAAACCAGCGAUGAAAGGCACAGAAAGUAUGAAAGAAGGAAUUAACUCUAUAUUGCAUUCGACGCAUUCGUCAUUAAAUGACUAUCGAUCGCCUCAACAAAUAGCCAACCAGGAAAAGCAGUCUCACGAGGAAGAUGACAUUGUGGUAUGCAUAGUAAAUCCACAUCAAGGGAAGACUAAAAAAAACCAAACAAUGUUAAAAGGAAGCUCAAAAAGUAACAUGUCAAAAGAAAACACUGGCGGCCACGACAUCUUUCAAGGAACGGAACGGGAAGGCAAACCAGGGUCUCAUCAAUCAGAUACAGAAACGAUCGUGCGCCAGCCCCAGGAUCGCAAAGCGCCCUCAGCUGAAAAUCAAAGAAACCGGCUUGGCAAAACACAGAAGAGACUUGUUAAGUUGCUUAAAGAGGGAAAGGCUGCCAGAGAUGUCAUAAUCGUUAUCGGAAUAUUCCUUCUUUGUUAUCUACCUACGUGGGUAUCAGCUUGCUAUCGUAUGUUCGGAGGAGAACAAUCUGUAGAGGUAAUACUUUCAGCCCAUAGUAUUUACGCCACCACCAUGUUCUGGAAUCCUAUUAUAUACUCUAUUCGAAAAAACGAUUUUAGACAAGCGGUGAGAAGGUUACUAAGGUUAUAA